AUGUGUCCCGAAGUUAUGAUGAUGGCUGCCGUCACAAAAGAGCCAGACUUUGGACGCUCCUCAGCGUCGACCGCCGUUACCGGUGCCUCCCGAUCAUCGUUGCCCCUCUUGGACCGAUUGCCCUUCUACAGACAUGCGACCACCACCACCACCACUACAGCAUCUGAUAGUACAGAUAGCAAAUCAGAUCAGCACCAGCUGUUAAAGGGCAGCAGCGGCAAUAGCAGCAAGAGCCGUUCAUUUGAUCUCGCCGCUGCCGCCGCAGAAUUGUACGCCGUCGCUUGUACGGCGGCGGCUGCCGUGGUGACGGCCAGCAGCACCUCUUCCACUCAGGGGCCACCACCACCACCAGCUCCAGCGACAACAAUUGUUGCUCAGGACAACAAGAACAGCGACAGCGACAGCUGCUGCAGUUGCUGUUGCACCUCCACGUCGUCUGGCAACAAUAGCAAACAGAACAGCCAUAUCGACAACGACAACGACAACGCCGCCAACGCCGCCGAAGACGACAUCGACGAUAUUGGCAUUGACGGAUGUGGAGAUGCUCUUGCCCUUCUCUCCACUGACACCAACGAGGACUGCUGCACAGGUUCCAGCUCUUCGUCCUCGUCAACCACUUGCACUAGUGCACCUGACUCCUGCUUUGAAGAGGAGGAAAUU